CGUCAAUCAUGUCGUUCCCCCUUUCCUUUCCACUGAGCGUCAGCAACGUUGCAGAAAAAUCGUCAUCAGCCGGUCGAGGAAAACGUCUCCCCUCUCGAGUUAUGGCUUCCUAAAGCCACCUUACUUCGCGCAGCCAGGACAAUGAGGAUCUGAAGACAAGCCAACCGCUCGCUCUCUCUCUCUCUCUCUCUCUCUCUCUCUCUAUCUCUCUCUCUCUCUCUCUCUCUCUGUGUGUGUCUGUGUGUCCCCUCCCCCCCCCCACCGACCCCUCUCUUUCAUUGAAGUGCACCUAGUCGUGCGCCACCAUGAUGGCCGCGCAUGGCGGUAGACAAUUAGGAGCAAACGGAAAUGUGCCGGGCGAUGGCUGUCCUGACGAGAGUGACAACGUGACGGCGUGUGGGAGGAGCGAGGAGAGGGUAUCAUCCAGGUGGAUUCGGGGCAGCGUACUUGGGCAAGGGUCAUUUGGGCGGGUGCAUUACGCGCUUGACAGACGGUCGUGCGCAGUGUUCGCCGUGAAGACCGUGGUCAUCUCGCCGGCGGCCGUUUGCAAUCCAGGCGGUUCCUUGGCGCGCGCGCCGAUGGCUGAGCUUCGAGGAUUGGAGAACGAGAUUACGAUACUAGGGCGGCUGGGUCCGUCUCCUCACGUGGUGCGGUACCUUGGUGAUGAUUGGACAGUCGCCCAGGACGGGUCAAUGGAGCGUAACCUGUUCUUGGAGCUAGCCAACGGUGGCAGCUUAGCGGACUUCACUAAGCGUUUCGGCGGAAAGCUGGACGAGUCGAUGAUCCGGCGAUGCUGCCGGGGAAUGGUGCGAGGCCUGCAGCACGCGCACUCUCGGGGCGUGGUGCAUCGGGACGUCAAAGGUCAGAACGUCUUGACGAUGGUCGACGAGGCGGGAGGAGUAACCGCCAAACUCGCUGACUUCGGUGCUUCAGCUUGCAUUUGGGGGAACCGUGGUGCUGACAACGAUGGUCAGUCACAAGGCUCAUCGGGGGACGAGUGCGGCGCUUGUCCGCGGCGUUCCGCAGGACUCGCGGGCACCGUGCAGUGGAUGGCUCCCGAGGUAGCCUGCCAAAGCGGUCCCCUCACAGUUGCUUCGGACAUUUGGUCGUUAGGAUGCACAGUGAUUGAGAUGGCAACGGGCAGAGCGCCGUGGUCGGACGUGGAGGACAUCAUGUCAGCCCUGUUCCGCAUCGCGUGCACAGACGAGGUCCCUGCUUUUCCCGAGCAUCUGUCAGUAGAGGCCAAAGACUUUCUCUCCAAGUGCCUGGUCCGAGAGCCGUCCCGGAGGUGGUCUGCUUCCCAGCUUCUUGAGCACCCGUUCUUGGCCAAUGCUGGACACGAAGCAGUCGCUCCUGCUCGACGCCGAAGCAGCUCCGCGAAGCUCGUGGAGGGAAACAGCCAUCCUGUUGGUCUCCGCGCGCAUGUGGAUCGGGCCCUGGCGGAAGGGGCCGUCUCGUACCCUUUGGGUGGCGGGAAGGAAGCUCCGAUGGGCGAUGACAUGAGAGAAAGUGGGGAGACGCGCUGGGGCUCUGGAAGCGAGAGGUUGACAUGCAGCUCGCGUUUGGAAAAGGCUCGGAAACAAGAAGUCUCUCCUCGACUUGUAUUUGAUCUUCCCACGGCCUUUGGCUCCGAGGUAUCGAUACAUUCUGCAAAUGGCGCUGGGCUAGUAGCGGUUCCAAUCCGCAAGAACGGCCAAUCAAGCGCACCGGAUGUUUCCCUGGAUGGCUUGGGAUGGGAAUGCAACCACGGCGACGGGAAGCGACUUGGAUUGACAGGGCUAAUACAGUCGUGCUCGAUUGAGCGCGAGGACGGAAAAGCACCUGUCGAGGGACACCCUGGGCGGCCUAACGAUGCGCCGAGGGCAGAAGAAGCCCUGCCAGUUAAGCCGGACGCAUUCUGUCGGAUUCAGAAGCCGUUGCCGGAUGGGUGCUCCCCGGGGUGCUCCCUGGUACAUCGGUCAUCGAGAAGGGAAAUAUUUCGAGGCUUCGACGAAGAAUCAGAUGCUGGCGGCGAGGAGGCAGCAGUUAUGAACAAGGCGGACGUUGGGCUGUGGCAGCCAGCGAGCCGUGAGCUGUCGGUGCGGGGACCAAGUGGGGAGUGGAUUCAGGUACUCCGCGGCAGGAGGCAGCAGGGGUGUAGAGUAGCUAGUCCGUCCAAGGAGUCGGCAUCCGCUGGAGAGAGGCGUUGGAGCUGGAUGCGUUGUGCCAUUCACCAUCGCGACGAUGUCUCCCCACCCCAACAACAGGUUACUUCAGGAAGAAUAGCUUCCAUAGGAUCUACACCUGGUCAUCCUGAGAGGUGCAUCAGUAGGCUAGACGAUUUGAGGAUCCUCGUUACCGAUGCACAGAACCGCUGGUACGUGAAGCAGAGAGCAUCAAUAUCUAUGACAUCCAACAACGUGGGCUCUACAAAACGGGUGGAUUUGAGGGCGGAGGAAUGACAUAAGUUCGGUUUCGCCACAAUAGGAUUAGUAUACUUAUCCGCUUAGCGUAGAUCCG